CGCAGCGGACGCGCCGGAGCCCGGCCACGAUGCUGCGUCUGGCUGCUUUUGCAGCGCUGCUGCUGUUCUUCAGGGUCAGUCUGGAGCUGUCCUGGGCCCAGGCCAUCCCCGCUCUCUUCAUCUUCUACCUGGGAUCCGGCGGAUGGGACUUCUUCCUCAUAUUCAUCAAGACAAUACGAAGGGACGUCACCACGGGGCUGGUCCUGUUGCGGGUGAAGUGGCAGGUAUGGAGGCACGUGAGGGAGAAGAACACAAUUGCCAAGAUCUUCCAGAAGACCGCGAGCAAGUAUCCAGAGAAGACGGCACUUAUCUUCCAAGGCACGGGCGAGAGCUGGACCUUCCGGCAGCUGGAUGAAUACUCCAACCGGGUGGCCAAUUUUUUCUACGGCCAAGGCUUCCGCUCUGGUGACGUGGUGGCUCUUUUCAUGGAAUCCCGCAAUCAGUACGUGGGGCUGUGGCUCGGCUUGGCCAAGAUUGGGGUGGAGACUGCCCUCGUGAAUUCCCACCUGCGCAUGGAGGCCUUGCUGCACUGCAUCACCAUCUCCAACUCCAAGGCUGUGGUUUUUGGGGUGGAGAUGAUGGAAGCAAUGCAGGAAGUGCAGCCCUCCCUGGAGAAAUCUAUCCAUCUCUUCUGGUCCGGAGAAGGAAGCCCUGAGUCUGUGCUUCCUGGUGCGAAACACCUGGACCCCCUCCUGCAGACAGCCCAGCGGCACCAGCCAACUCCCCCUGAUAAGGGCUUUCUUGAUAAACUCUUCUACAUCUACACCUCUGGCACAACGGGGCUGCCCAAGGCUGCCAUUGUAGUGAACUGCCGGUACUUCCGCAUGUCCAGCUUAGUAUUUUACGGUUUUCGCAUGAGGCCCGACGAUGUGAUGUACGACUGCCUCCCGCUCUACCACGCUGCAGGGAACAUCGUGGGGCUCGGACAGUGCCUGCUGCAGGGCAUGACGAUUGUCAUCCGCAAGAAGUUCUCGGCCUCGCACUUUUGGGAGGACUGCGUGAAAUACAACUGCACGAUUGUGCAGUACAUUGGGGAGAUCUGCCGCUACCUGCUGAACCAGCCGUACCAGGAGGUGGAGCGGCAGCACCGGGUGCGCAUGGCGCUGGGCAACGGGCUGCGUGCCUCCAUCUGGCGGGAAUUCAUGGCCCGCUUCGGCAUCGCCCAGGUGGCCGAGUUCUAUGGGGCCACCGAGUGCAACUGCAGCCUGGGAAACUUCGACAACAAUGUUGGGUCGUGUGGCUUCAACAGCAGGAUCCUACCAGGUGUGUACCCCAUCGGCUUAGUGCGCGUGGACGAAGACACCAUGGAGCUGAUCCGGGGGCCAGAUGGUGUCUGUAUCCGCUGCAAACCAGGGGAGCCGGGGCAGCUGGUGGGCCGCAUUGUCAAGAGCAACCCCUUGCAGCACUUUGACGGCUACCUGAAUCAGUCAGCAACCAACAAGAAAAUCGCCAAGGAUGUGUUUACAAAAGGGGACGCUGCCUAUCUCACAGGGGAUGUCCUAGUGAUGGACAAAUAUGGCUACAUGUACUUCCGGGACCGCACCGGGGACACGUUCCGCUGGAAGGGGGAGAAUGUCUCCACCACAGAGGUGGAGGGGACGCUGAGCCGCAUCCUCAACCUGACGGACGUGGUGGUUUACGGGGUGGAGAUCCCAGGGAUUGAAGGGAAGGCAGGAAUGGCAGCUAUCGCCGACCCGGAGAACUCCUGUGACCUGGAAGGCUUUGCCAGCGAGCUGAAAAAGGCUCUGCCGCUGUACGCGCGGCCCGUCUUCCUGCGGUUCCUGCACGAAGUCUCCAAGACAAGCACUUACAAGUUCCAGAAGAUGGAGCUGCGGAAGCAGGGCUUUGAUCCUGCGCUGGUGAAGGACAGGUUGUACUUCCUGGACUCCAGGCAAGGCCGCUACCUGCCGCUGGACCAGGCAGCGUUCAGCAGGAUCCAGUUGGGAGAGCAGAAGCUGUAACCGGUGGGAUUCAAGCAAGGCACCUCCCCAAAUCCUGCUGGGGAGAGGAGGGCAAGGCAGGCGCUGGGGAAGAAAAGGUUCAAGGAGCACUAGAGAUUUUCUUUGACGAGUUUUACAGAUAAUG